UACAAAAUCAUAAACCCUUCGCCUCUGUCUCUGUUCAUUUCUAAAACCCUAACUUCCUUCCCUUCUGACGAAAUCGUUUCUGUACUGUUAUACAGAAACAAGUUUGCAGAAAAAAUGAUAAACACCGUCUUAAAACGCACAGCUUCCUUAGCCUCCAGGCCGAUCCUCACGGCGUCCGUUCAAACUCUCCUUCACCACUUCCACUCAACAGCAGCAGCAGCAGCAGCCGCCAGAAAUGCUGAGACUCUUUUCAUUAACCGAUUCAAACCCUUUUCCGGCUUUCCUGGGCCCACCGCGAGGAAUUUCCAUGCCAAAUUAGGGCCGUUGAAUUUCAGGGCAUCGCCCAGCUGGCAGGCGGAGUAUGCUGUCGAAGAUUAUGAGGAAGAUAAGGGAGGUGAUGGACUUGACAUCUCUAAUCUAGGGAUUGCUCCGGAGAUUGUUUCCGCUUUGAAAAAUAGGGGUAUUACCAAAUUAUUUCCUAUCCAGAAAGCGGUGUUGGAACCGGCAAUGCAAGGAAGGGAUAUGAUUGGACGGGCUAAGACAGGGACAGGCAAAACACUUGCCUUUGGCAUUCCUAUCAUGGACAAAAUCAUUCGAUACAAUGCUCAACAUGGACGCGGUAGAAACCCCUUGUGCUUGGUUUUGGCACCAACAAGAGAACUUGCUAAACAAGUUGAGAAGGAAUUUCAUGAGUCUGCCCCUAACUUGGAUACAAUUUGUGUUUAUGGGGGUACACCCAUUUCUAGCCAAAUGAGGCAACUUGACUAUGGUGUUGAUAUAGCUGUUGGUACACCUGGCCGCAUUAUUGAUCUGCUCAAGAGAGGUGCUCUCAAUUUAAAUGAGGUCCAAUUUCUUGUUCUUGAUGAAGCUGAUCAAAUGCUUCAUGUUGGAUUUGCUGAGGAUGUUGAAACCAUACUGGAGAGGUUGCCUGAGAAUCGUCAAAGCAUGAUGUUUUCAGCAACAAUGCCUAAUUGGAUCAAAGGACUUACCCAGAAGCACUUAAAAAAUCCAUUAACAAUUGACCUGGUUGGUGAGUCUGAUCAGAAGUUGGCAGAAGGAAUUUCCUUGUAUUCAAUUGCAACAGAUAUGCAUGGAAAAGCAUCAAUCCUUGGUCCUCUAAUAACAGAACAUGCAAAAGGAGGAAAGUGUAUUGUUUUCACUCAAACAAAGCGUGAUGCUGAUCGGCUGGCAUAUGCCAUGGCAAGGAACUUUAGAUGUGAGGCUUUGCAUGGUGAUAUCUCACAAAGUCAGAGGGAAAGGACUCUCUCAGGCUUCCGAGAUGGGCAUUUUAAUAUUUUAGUUGCAACUGAUGUUGCUGCUCGUGGCCUUGAUAUACCUAGUGUUGAUCUGAUAAUACAUUAUGAGCUUCCAAACACAUCUGAAACUUUUGUUCAUCGAACUGGCCGAACUGGUCGUGCUGGAAGGAAAGGAAGUGCAAUUCUUAUUUACACUCGAGAGCAGAGUAGGGCUGUUAGGGUUAUUGAGCGAGAAGUAGGAUGCAGAUUUUCUGAGCUUCCUAAGAUUGAGGUUGAGGGUGGGAGCACUGACAUGUUCAAUGAGAUGGGUGCUGGUAGUCGCUUUGGGUCAUUUGGAGGUAUGCGAGAUCGGAGAUUGGGUGAUAUGGGUUUUGCUCGUUCUGGUAGGCAAGGGGAAUAUGGAUUUGGCCGUCCUGGAGGCAAUAGGAGUCCUGGAUUUGGUCGUAGUGGUGGUCAGUUUGCUGGUGAGAUGGGGAGCUAUGGAGGUUCUAGCUCUAGUCGCUUUGGUUCUAAUAACCGGUCUGGAAACUUUGGUGGUCCUGCAUUCAGCCGUCCAGGUGGAUUUGGGGAGUUUGGCAAACUGGAUCGUUCUAGCGGCUUUGGUAGCUUUGGUCCUAGACGUACUAGUGGAUUUGGAGAAUUUGGUUCAAGCAAUACAGGUGGAUUUGGUGAUAAUCGUUCUGGUAAAACUACCGGUGGCUUUGGGAGCUCUGGUUCUGGUCGUUCUAGUGGAUUUGAUGACAAUCGUUCAGGCCAAAGCAGUGGGAGCUAUGGUAAUGAUGAUCAGAGCACUGGAAGAAGACCCUUUUAAAUUCUUUUGAGAUAUGGACCAAACAGCUCUAGCAGCAGAAGGCAAUGAACAGAUGGCAGAAACUACAGGAAGCUUAUGGGAAAUAAAAUAAAAUAGCAAAAUUGGAGUUUAUUCAAGAUUUCUUGUAGUUUUAUUUCAAUUUAACAAGGGUCAAUUCAUGUCUGUAUAACAAAUAAUUCCACUGACUAGUUUUAUAGUUUUGUUGGGUUUCUGAGGUAAGCUAAAUGGAAAUAGAUAUAUUUGAAAUUCAGCAGAUAUCCUUUAUUUUUUCUCUUUUUUGUAAUGUAAAUAUUUCUUAACUGUGACAAAAAAUGCUAGUUCAUUGGAUAUGCAGAAUGAUUGUAGGUUUAUGUAAAAUUCCUAGUUUUACCAAAUAAAACUAAACAAUAUAUCUCAGAAAAAAGCAAAAUAUUUUCUUCCUGAGAAGGUUUCAAGUCAUUAAAGUCUGUAUAUGGACUUUUGAAUAGUUUAGGACUAUGCACGCUAGUCAAAGUCUCUAUUUCUUCUCUAGUUAGGAAUUUACAUCCUAGUGGUGUAAGGUGCUACCAUACGCCUAGAAAAAACUGUCAAAAUUGACAAUGACAAAUAGUGAGGUGAUUUGCUUGCUCUCAAGGAGUGUUUGCCUUUUUGUUUUUGGUACAGGAGGAAGCACAGCAGCUCAAAGCUAGGAUCUCUAUCCAUAUCCCAGCCCACCCUACCAUUUGAGCUAAGCAGAAGUGGUAGUGUUUGCCAUCUUUGUACAUUUAGGAAAUUUUACAUCAGAUAACCUAUGUUUCUUCUUCCCUUGAUAUGUUAUCAUUCUAUUUUUUUUUUCUCCUGCACACAGUUCAGAAUUCAGAUUGCUAUCUGACAUUUUUUCUUUUCCUUUAUCUACCAGAACCUGAGCACCUUUUCCAUUUUUGUUAUUUCUCAGCAUGCAGGCCAUUCUUCUGUCUAUUCCAAUGAAUAUCAGAAAUCCGAAAACAGAUGUCACUCUUUUGCCUUUAUCCCAUCUACCGUAUCACAGUUUGUGAACUAACUAUCCACCAUCAGAAGAGCUUCCUAUCCAACAUUCUGACAUUAUGCAGUUCAAAUUUUCAACUUUGACAUCCUUAAGGAGUUGUUAAAUUAGUCACUGGACUUAGAGUUUAGGCAUACAUUAUGUGGCUUAGAAGGGAAAGCUUCCCUUCUUCAAUCAUAUAAAGUAACUGUUUGAUUUAUUUAUAGCAAGCUUAUUGCAUUCUUAUUCAUGAUGAACUUGUGCUAAGUUUGAGAUUGACAAUGGUAUGACUCACUUCUGUAUGCAGCAUUAAGUUGACUAGUUCACAGUUAUCCAAUAAUAAUAAUAAUAAUAAUCAAAAGUUCACUAGUUCAGACAUAUUAUAUUAACAACCCUAGGGAUCUUACAGGGGUAACAAAAAUAGAUAAAAAAAAAAACUGUAUGUCCAUAAAUGACAUGAGAAGGGCGAAAGCUUUAAACAACAUUUUAUCUCUAUUUUCAAACUUUCAUUUGUAUCAAUAUCCAACAUGUUAUUUGUGAACUGGAAACAAAUUGGUGAAAUUUGGACUACCUAUUUGAUACACCAGUUUUUUUAGUAGGAACUAGGUAUUAUGCAACCAGGAGCACAGCGGUAUUAAGAAAGCACUGCUAUAAAAUUAAGGUUUUGUUCCCAACGUAAAUGCCCUUGGUGUUUUGUCAAUCAAUAAA